GUAAAACAGUAAUGGAUAAUCCAAGUGUUCUAAUUCAUCUUUGUACUUCGAGGGUAAAAGAGUUCGAAAUGACCACUACAAAAGUGCCUGAAUGAACAGCAGGCAGUACCGUAUAUUGUUACGUUAAUUAUUUAGAUUGAAUUAUAAUUAAUUUUCUACGAAAUAUAUAGAAGUUCGUAGAUCCGCUUAUGGUAAACUACAGUUUAUUUUUAUUUCUUAUAUCUGGACAUUAAUAGUAUACAUUCCCUUUUUUUUAGGAGAUGCAUCGAUUUUACAGAAUAAGCAAACAGUUGCAUUUUGGAUUCAACUACAGAAAAGUGAUUCCAUCAUGUCGGAAUAUUACGGCCCUGGCGAUUGAGACCUCUUGUGACGAUACUUCGGUGGCCGUUGUCCAGAAAUCUUCGAAUGAAUCUUUACCGAACAUUGUUUGCCUUAAUACCCAUCGAACACUUUCAAAAUAUGAAAAAUACGGGGGAAUACACCCGUCAGUCGUCAUUCAAGAACACCAGAAGAACCUGGCGAAUGUAGUUUAUGAAACCAUAAAUCAAUCUCGAUCAUUAGGCGUCUCAAAAUAUGACCUUAUAGCUGUCACUCGUGGUCCUGGCAUGAUAGGACCUUUAGCCAUUGGGUUAAAUUUUGCCAAGGGUUUGGCCGUCGGCAUUGAUAAACCCCUUUUGGCUGUACAUCAUAUGCAAGCACAUGCAUUGACGGCGCAACUAGAGUCUCAGGUUCCAUUCCCCUUUUUAUCUAUUCUAGUCUCUGGAGGCCAUACUCUUCUUAUAUUAUCUAAUUCAGUUAUUUCUCAUGAAAUCCUGGCAUCGACGACAGAUAUAGCAAUUGGUGAUUAUCUUGAUAAAUGCGCAAAGUAUUUAGAGAUUCCUUGGAACAAUCAAAUGCCAGCAGCAGCAUUGGAAAAAUUUUCGAUUCCCCCCAUAAAUGAUUUGAAUAUGGAUUGUAAUCCACCAAAUCCUAUGAGUACUGGUGAUAAAGCUCAUAAUCCUAAUUUUUCUUUUUCUGGAUUAGAGUCUUACGCACGAAGGAUAAUUACAUCUCGAACAUGGACCAAUUCAGAAAAAAAAAUAUUGGCUUAUAAGCUUCAGGAGGCUGCCUUUAAGCAUAUUUGCCAAAAAUUAGCCAAAGCUAUUGAACCCAUUGAUCUAUCAAGAGUUCGUUUCUUGGUUUGCAGUGGAGGGGUUGCCAGAAACUCCCUUCUGAAAAAAAUGCUGGAAGAACAACUAAUUUCACUUUAUAACAAGGGAUCGGCCCCUAAAAUGAAGCUGGUUUAUCCGUCUUUGGAACUUUGUAGUGACAACGCUGCUAUGAUUGCUUACACGGGAAUACGAAUGUUUGAAGAAGGAUUUAAAUCCUCUCUAGGAGUCGAGCCAAUUAGAAAAUGGCCUAUAAAUUCUAUAAUGGACGUGGAAGGUUGGAUGCGUCAAUAAUAUUACAAAUUAUAUUAACAAGA